ACUUGGAUUCGACCUAAGGAUAUGAACUUUUGCGAACUAGUCCAAGAUAAAAGUGGAGAGAAAAAUAGACUAAGAGAUAAAAAAAAUACACAACCAAUCAGAAACACUAUUGAAAGACAAGAAAUAGAAAUUAAUAAUGAUCCUAUAAAUAUAAAUUCGACCUCAAUAAAUAAAGCCAAAAAAAAACUCAGUCCCUCAUUAGUUGAUACCCUAAAACUAAAUAACGUUACAGAUAAUAUUUUAUCUCUUCUAACAAGUGCCACAGUAGGACAAAUACUCCAAUACCCUAAUCAAAAAAGAACCUAG